AUGGCCGAGCCGCUGUGGGAGCCGCCGCAGAUCCGUAGCAGAGCAGACUACGAUCCGGACAAGACGGACGAGGUCAUGGCGGCCAUGCCCAUGCCAACGCCGGACGAGAUCAGGAUGAUCACCGUCAAGGUUUUCGACCGGCCCAUCCGCUACGAGCUGGUCAAGGACAAGGGCAUUCGCCGCGAUGCUUUCAAGGGUGACAAGUGGUGGUUUAGGGUCUUUGAUCCCCGCGACGAUGAGAUCCACUGCGAGGGCUGGGCCUCCAUCCCCGACAUGCGCGAGAUCAUCCUGCCGGCGCUGCGCCACGAGAUCGAAACGCAGUCGGUCAAAGCGGCGGCGGCAGCCAAAGCGUAG